AUGGCCUUGCAACAGCAGCAGCAGGGAGCCCAGCAGCAGCCGCUGUUGACAAUGGGGCUUCAACAGGGGCAGCAACAGCAACAACAGCAACAGCAGCCCCAAGCUGGGGGAACGACAGCUCCUACAGCACAGGCUGCUGCUGCUCAGCAGCCUCGCCUGCAGUUCCCACAGAAUCAGUUACCUGCCAACCUGCACGUGCAGCAGCAACUGCUGCGGAUGCAGCAGCAGCAGCAGGGUAUCACGGCGAAGCUUCAGGGUGCGACUGGUGCAUCUGGAGUUCAGCAGCGGCUCUUGCACCUGGAGCAGCAGGAGCAGUUCUUACAACAACAACAGCAGCAAGAACCUGAGAAGGUUCAUUGGGUCCAGUGUGACCGCUGCGACAAAUGGCGCGUCGCUCCUUACGAAAUAACACUGCCAAGUUGGGUGUGUGAGCAAAACACUUGGGACCGUCGCUACGCUUCCUGCAGUGUCCCGGAGCAGCCAGACCCGGCCGCGCAGAUGCAGCAGCAGCAGCCUACACGGCAGCAGCAACAACUGCUUCAGCAGCAGCAACUACAGCAGCAGCAGCUGUUGCAGCAACAACGUCUCGGUGGUGGUGCUGCUCCUAGACCCAAGGCGAAGGCGAAGGCAAAGUCCAGGGCGACGUCAAAGGGAACGGCGGCGGUGCAGCGGCCAGUUCAAAGUGGCAAUUGCUCAGGAGAUGCAAACCUCCUACAACAACAACUGGGACAGCAACAGCAAAGGGGUGGUCCAGGUGCCGCAAGCAACCUUCCUGCCCUACAGCAGCAGUUGUUACAGCAGCAACUUCAGCACCAGAUGCAGCAGGCGCAACAGCAGCAACUUCUACAGCAGCUACAGCAGCAACAGCACCAAUUGCUGCAGCAGCUGCAGCAGCAACCGCCGGUGGUGUACGACAAUUGGGUACAAUGCGACGCGUGCAACAAGUGGAGACGAGCCCCUAAUCCGAUCACCAGCGACAAGUGGUUUUGCCGAAUGAACACUUGGGCUCCCCAGUUUGCUUCGUGCGAAGCUCCUGAGGAACCUGAUCCUGCACAGCAGGAUCAGCAACAGCAGCAGCAGAGUCAACAGCGGCUCCUGGAAGCAGCAGCGGCACUCCAGAGGCAGCAGCAGCAGCUCCAACAGAGCGCAGCAAAAAGACAGCGCACUACGACUGUUUCUAGGGUUCCAGAAGCAACAAAACCUGACCCGAAGGCUGAUCCACCAACGCAGUUGCUUCGACAGCAGCAGCUGGUUGCUGCUGCUGCUGCAUCUGGGCAACGCAGUGCCACGCCCGGUGCACAACAGCAGCUGCAACUGCAGCAACAACUGCAGCAAGCAAAGCUCCCGCAAGGCCAACAGCAGCAACACCCAGGGGCAUCGACUUCUGCUGGAGCUGGGGGCCAGUUGCAGCAGCUACAGUUGCUACAGCAGCAGCAGUUGCAAUUGCUGCAGCAGCAGCAGGUUCGGCUGCUCGACGUUGCCCGCAGGGCCACGCCCAAUACGGCUGCUGGCGCUCCGGGGGCGGCCGUAGCAGCGGCUUCCACCGCAGGUGGAGCGGCUGCCGGCACUGCAGAACGGCGUGAAGGAGUGCCAGAGACAACUGCGGCAUCAACAGCAGAGCGAGGUGGCAAGUGGCUGGAGUGUCGUUCGUGCAAAAAGUGGCGCCGACUACCCCCAGAGGUGGAUGCUGAGGCCCUUCGCCCCAAGUUCUAUUGUUAUUUGAACGUGUGGGACUUGCAGCGAAAUACUUGCGCAUCACCACAGGAGCCCUGGCAACAGUUACAGCAGCAUCAGGAGAUACAGGGGAAAGCUCCAGCAGCAGCGAAUGCUGCUUCUGCGGCUCCGCUGCAGAAGGUUGCUCACCAACCCGCGACGCCGGAUGCCAACAGACAGGGCAAGGCGGACAACGUAACAGCAACGCCGGCGCAGCAACAGCAGCUUCCCAGAACGGGGGGACAGCUACAGGGAGAGACAGGCGGAGCUGCGUCUCUUCAUCAGCAGCUGCAGGAGCAGCAGCUGCUCCUCCUCCGUAUGCAACAACAGCAACAGCGUGCUGCUGCCUCGUCCGGUGUCCCGGGGAGUAGUACAACAAAACCCGGGUCAGGAGCCUCCGGACAAGCAGCUGGGACGGAAGAUGAUGAUGAAGAGGGAGAAGACGACAUCGAGGGAGAAGGCGAUGACGAUGAAGACAGCGAGGACACUGGUGACUCGUCUGACUCUGAAUCGGACAGAGGCGGUGGCGGAGGCCCAGGCGGUGGCGCAGGCACUGGUGGUCCUUCCGCCGGGGGUGCGAGCGGGACAGGUGCGGGGGCCGGGGAAGGGGCAGGCCGCACCCCGCCCCCCCCUACACAGGGGCCCCCAGGAACAGGCAGCUUCGGUGCGAAUGCUGCGGGGAGUGGUGGAGUUGCAGCGGGAGACGAGUUUGUGGCAGUCGACACUAAGGUGGAGGAUUCCAACAGUAACGGGAACGAACGUUCAGCCAGUGGUCGUCCGGCCCGUUUCUUCGACGUGCUGAUUGUAGGCGGAGGUGUUGCGGGCUUGGCAGGGGCCCUUCACUGCCAGAGGGCAGGGGUGGAUUACCAGUUGAUAGAGGCGAGAGGUCGUUUGGGUGGGCGCGUGUGGUCGGUCACGCUUCCAGCGUCUCCGGAGGAGCAGGAGCAGCUGCAGCAGAGGAGAAUUGACCGGAAAGAAUCUGGUAAAAAGGGAAAAUCAGGGAAGGAUGGCAGUGUCUGCGUGGAUGGAGGGGCAAGCUACAUGCAUGGGCUGACGGGGAACGAGAAUGACGUCAGGUUGAAACCCCGUAGAAGGGGUUGUAGCGUGUAUCAUCUUGCUGCUGCUUCUCCAGAGUGUCGCGUUGCAGUAGUUCCUGGAGAGACUGGAUGGGAAAAUCCGUAUUAUUUCGAUUGGCUAACGGGGGGGAGGCGUUUUUCCAUGUUAGUGGUGUCGCUUGCUCAUGCUCUUUUUUCGCGUCUGGCCACGCCUGUGUCGUUGACUGCGGGGCAGCAGGAGAGAGGGCCAUCCGUUUCCGUUCUCACACUGCUUAACAGGGAAGCGAAUUCCCUUCUGGAAACCGAAGGAACAACGGAUUCAGCGGCCCCUUCAGCCCCUUGUGGUUUCCCGUUUGCUUGCGAAAAGCAUCACGGAGAGUCCGGGAGUCUAGAUAUCCCACCUCAUCAGAACACGUUUGAGUCGUUGGAUUUGCCAUCGGCGUUGAAGGGGCUGGUGGCGACGCUCUUGCAGCGACUGAAGAGCUUGUGUUCUUUAGCGAUAUCCGGGGUCGAUAAGAGCAGUGACAACCGCAGUGAAGGUGAAAUUGCUGUAGGCGAAUGCUGCGCUUGCCAGGUGGAGGCAAUGGUCGUCCGAAUGCUACGAAGUCGGUUCGGCUUCGUAGCUCCAUUAAGGGAUGUCAGCGCUGCUUUUUUUGCAUUCUUCCAGUCCCCCAAGCUCAAGCGUGACGUCGAGAGAUAUCAUAGCCCGAAGUAUCGGCUCCUUACCUGGCCGGGCUUGCAGCGAUAUGCCAAGAAUUUGUCGUUCGCGUUUGCGGAGAGAGACAGAAAGAAGUCGCAGGUUGUUAGGCCUUUUGCGGCAAUUCCUCCCUCCGUAUCUUCCGAUCUCAUCUGCAUGAGCUGGAGGUGGUUAGUGGACAUGCUUCGGGGGCAGUUGUCGCCAGAACGAGUCCGUCUUAACACUCGCGUCUCCUCUGUCUCUGUUUCGGAAGAAGACUCUCCGUUCCCUUGUCUUGUCCGAUGCCACUCCGACGACAACUCUAAUGAGGCGCAAGAGCUCCGUUCCCGGUUUGUUCUCGUAGCGUUGCCAGUAUCGUUGCUACAGCAACCUCCAGAAGAUGAGGGAGCGGCCGCCUGCGUAACGUUUCAGCCACCGCUCCCAGCCGAGAAGGUGGCGGCCCUGGCGGCUGUGGGCAUGGGAGUGCACAACAAGGUGGUACUACGGGUUGCGCCUUCCGACGUCUUCUGGUCAAGGUCGACCCCUUCAUUUUCUUCUCCAUAUUCGCGCUUCCAAUAUUUGAAUUUGCAUGCGUACGGGGAAAAGGGAUGCAUUCUGGCGCAUCUUUUUCCCCCAGCAUCCCUGGCCAUUGACUCCUUAACUGACGAAGAGAAACCUGGAGCUGACAUGGCAACUCACUGGCGCUGGUUGAGGGCACCGCAUCCUUUAGAAGCUCCUCGCGUAGCGUUCGCUGGAGAAUUUUGCUCUGAUUCUUAUAGCCAAUGUGUCGACGGAGCAUUCGACACUGGCAUGCGGGCAGCGCAAUCAGUUGUACAGUUUGGUCUGCGACUUCAUCCCUGUACAAAGGGCAGACAGGAGCAGAAGCAGCCACAGAAGGGAGAUGAGGUUUCCGCUGAGGCAGAACGCCUUCAGCAGCAACAUCGUAACCGCCGGCAGCAUCGUGCAACCAGAGAGUCGAGACGUGGAAGCAAGCAACAGCGCACCUCAAAGCGAUAUAAGAAGGAGACUCUUGAUGCAGCCGAGGCGAAGGCGAGAAUUGCAACUGCAAAGGCAGAACUCGAACAAGCAAAGACAAAGUAUUGCGGGGACGAUUGCUGCCCAAUGCUUGAGUGCCCGGACAUUUCCCAUGCGGGCUUUUACCUAACAGAUGGAAGUGACCUGACAGAUUGUGAUGAAGGUGUAAUGAAGAGUGAUGACCAAGAGGAUCUUGAAACGACUUACGGAAAGAACACGCGAAUGAUGCUUGAAAAGUUCCAGGCCCUCCUGCAGUUUAAUCGGAAGCAGCUGAGGUGUUCGCAGUCUAGAUGUUCCCCAGCGAAGUCUGGCCCAGCAAAUUUUGCUAGACCUGCUCAGGCGAGAGCGUAA